AUGUUGAAGAGAUCUUUUGGUUACAAGGAUCGUGCUGGAAAGGCUCCGAAGCCUGUCAAGAGAUCCUUCCGUGAUGAUGCGAAGAAGAAGUUGAUGGAACAGCUCAAUCAGCCGUCCAGUCCGCCGUGUGCUGUCCAGGCCUCACCCAGGCUUAACAGUGCCAUAGUCACCAUUGUGGUUGGCAAGGACCAACGCCUGUUCGCUGCCCACGAAGACGUCCUCAAUAACUCGCCCUUUUUCGAAUCGGCCAGUAAAGACGCCCUCUAUACUUCAGCUUCCCAAUCAACCCGUCGCAUCUUCCUCCCCGAUGAAGACGCAGAAAUCUUCUCCGCCGUCCUCGAGUUCAUGUACAAAGGCGACUACUUCCCACGUCUCCUCCACGACCGCAGAAGAAACGCCUGGGUUCUCGAAUCCGUCGACGAGUGCUCUUCCCUCUCUCCCAAAUUUCAGGGCAGGGGUAACGCCGACACUAUUACCUCCUACAGUUCUCGUGUCAAUGGAUUGAUCUUGCGGGAUACAGCUAUCUACUGCCUGGCUGAGCGCUUCGGUCUCGAAGACCUCAAGAAGCUAUCCUUGCGUAAGCAAGGUUUGCAGUCUGGUAUUGAGGUGGCUACUAUCCUGCGUAGUGCCAGAUAUGCCUAUGACAACACCCCCGAGAAUGAUGCGAGGUUGCGUGCGCAUUACCUUGCUUUGAUCAUUCGCAGCAGAAACACUUUCAAACGCAGUGGAACCAUGCAGGUUGACAUGGAGAGUGGUGGUCGCAUGUUCUUUGAUCUCUUCGUAGCCAUGAGCAAUCACAUCGAUGAUCUGACUUCCUUGAAGGACACUCGUCCUUCUCCUCGUGUCGUCUGA